AUGGACAUGUACUUGGGUUUCGUGGUUCUCGAGGGCCUCCUGGCCACGGCCAUCGUCUCCACCAACCUGCUGGUGUGCGCCACCCUCUGCUUGCACAGAGAGCUGAGGCACGUCACAAACUACCUGAUCCUGUGCUUGGCGGUGGCGGACCUGGGCGUGGGGGCUCUGGCCAUCCCUUUCUCCAUGGUGCUCAGCAUGGGCUACACCCUGUGCUUCUACACCUGCCUCUUCCUCACUUGCUUCCCGCUGGUCACCACCCAGUUCUCCAUCCUCCUCCUGCUGCUCAUCGCCAUCAACGCGCACCUGAAGAUCAGGCUGCCCAACAGUUAUGCCAGGUAUGUGAAGAAGAGGCGGAUGAUAGUCCUCGUGGCCUUCUGCUGGUUGCUGUCCCUCCUGAUAGGCCUCUCCCCGAUGAUGGGCUGGAACCGCUUGGCGCACUACGUGGAAGCCAACAACCACACCAUGGCAGUCAGCUCCCCCUCCGAGCGGAUUGCCUUCGUCAUCCUCGCCCGUGAUCUCCCUUAUGCGGGCUUCCUCUCCAAGGUUUAUCCAGGCCAGAACGUCAGUGACAGCAGGAUUCAUCUUGGGCACCUCGGCCGCUGCUCCUUCACGUCCGUCUUCAGCCCCGAAUACCUGGUCUACUUUGUCUUCUUCACCUGCACCCUGUUGCCCCUGGCGGCCAUGCUGGGCAUCUACCUCGACCUCUUCCGGGUUGUCCGCGGCCAUUUCCAGUCCCAGACGCUAUGGGCAGCCAAGCGAGGGGAGAUCCAGACAGCCCGCACCCUCUUCCUCUUGGUCGGGGUCUUCUGCGUUUGCUGGCUGCCCCUGCACAUUGUCUACUGCGUUCAGCUCCUGUGCCCUGGCUGCAAGACCUAUGAGUCCGUGGACCACUUGGCUAUCUUGCUCUCUCACACAAACUCCUUGGCUAACCCCCUCAUCUAUGCCCUGAGGAAGAAGGACUUUGGACGGGCCCUCCGCUCGGUGCUCCUCCAACAUGUCCUGCCCUGGCCCAGGCUGCGGUUCUGCUGUUGUCCCAACCCCAAAGUCCAUCCCCAGACCUGA